AUGGGUGACUACGAUUCUGAUGAGUCUAUCGAUCCGAAAAUCUGUGAAGAGCUGGAUAAUGAAGAGGAACAUUUCAGCGGCUUGUUUCCUGAUCCAUUAGAGGAUGUAACAUUUAAGCUAAAAGCUUUAUUCUUCAGCCGUGAAAACAUUUCAAGACUCUACAAACCAAUGCUUUUAUUUGAAAAUGCUACUGGAGAAACCUAUAUUACUCUGUUCGUUUUUAUGGACAAACGUUUCCGCGAACAAUUCGCUGAGCUUUAUGAGACUAAGCUUUAUAAGAAAUAUCUCCGAAAUCAAUACUUGACUAAGUCACCACCGCUUCAUAAGCUUAUAAUUAACUUGCAUCCUGAAGAACUGCCCAAGCUGAAGGGUCAUAUUAAAAAAUAUCUCAUUCUCGCUCAUGAGCAUCAAUGUCUUGGAGCCAGAGAUGGGAUUAGAGACGAAGGUCUAAAUGGAGCCAUUACACGUACCAAAGAAGAACGUGAAAAACGACGGGAGAGACGCAAAAAAGUGCGAUUGGAACGACCUUGUGCUUUGUUCAAACAACACCAGUGUCAACAGCAUAGACCAUACACUUGCUUUAAUUGGCAUUUUGCCAAUCAGCGUAGGCGAAGACCGAUAAAGAAAUCAGAUGGCUCAUUCAAUUACUCGCCUGAUAUUUACUGCGACAAGUAUGAUGAAAAUACUGGAAUUUGCCCUGAUGGAGAUGAAUGCUUGUAUUUGCACCGAGUCUCUGGAGAUGUAGAACGAAAAUAUCAUUUACGUUAUUAUAAGACAGCACAAUGUGUUCAUCCAACUGAUUCAAAGGGUCAUUGUAUGAAGAAUGGCGCACAUUGUGCUUUCGCCCACAAUAACAGCGACUUACGUCAACCAGUGUUCGAUCAAACACAUGAGCCAGCAUAUUCGUCAAACAUGGAGAAUGAUGCUAAGGAUCGUACAAGUUUUGUUAUAGAAGAUCAGGCUUGGCAUAGCCAAGAUCAUGUUCUAUCAUGUUAUAAAACUGAACAAUGUAGAAAGCCUGCUCGUUUAUGCAGACAAGGCUAUGCUUGCCCCUUUUAUCACAAUUCUAAAGAUCGCCGUAGACCUCCAGCUCUUUACAAAUAUAGAUCUACACCAUGCCCAGCAGCCAAGACUGUAGAUGAAUGGCUAGACCCUGAAUUAUGUGAAGCUGGUGAUGGAUGCCAAUACUGCCAUACUCGUACUGAGCAGCAGUUUCAUCCUGAAAUCUAUAAAAGUACCAAGUGCAAUGAUAUGCUUGAGCAUGGAUACUGUCCGAGAGCAGUUUUCUGCGCUUUUGCUCAUCAUGAUUCCGAGUUACAUAUUACAAGAACUCCUUAUGUUCUUUCUAAUAGUCCCAAAGAGCCGUCGAGUCCGACGACCACUAGCAAAUGUGCAGAUAGUUCUUCUUCUAUGGACACAUCGUCUACUCACUGCACCAUACCGUCAUAUUCUGCUGUUCUGAAACAAAAAUCUGUUGCUCAUACACAGAUGAAUCAGAUCCACCAGCAGAAUCAAUCAACUCUAUCAACUACUUCACCCAAGCAAAUACAACAGCAACAAUUUGCUCAACAAUCACAACAACAUCUUCAUCAGCAACAACAACAACAACAACAGCAACAACAACAACAACAACAACAACAACAACAACAACAGCCUUUGAAUAUUAAUAAGACGCAGCUUCCAUCACAUUUCCAACAACAACAAGCGUCACAGGCACAACAAAUUAUUCCAAUGCAGUCAACAAUGUCUAAUAUGGCAAUGGAGAAUCAGUAUGCAAAAGCACCAGGAUUCGAGAGAUGUGGACCACUUUCGCCUUCACAGGAUAAUAGUGAUUUAGGCAGAAAUAGAACUCAAUCAUUAAACAUUGGACCUAUGGAUAUUAAAGCCAAGAAGGAAUACAUUGGAUCCUCAUCUGGCUUAGACACUAUUGGUACUUCUCUUCCAACCUAUUCUUCAUUUCCCAAAAAUGAGAAUUUAUCUCGAAAGCAAGAUACCAACAAUCUAUCUAAUACUUUGGAAGAGCUCAGCUUAGACUUAGCUCAAAUAAACCAGCACAACAGCCAAUCGAUUACGGAACUCUUUAGUGGAAUUCCAUGCUCUGUACCCUUUGCUGGCAAUGAUUCAUUUCAUACAUCUCCAAUCACUAACUUCUCAGACACCUUGUUCUCAAAUAAUAAGUCAAACUCUCCUUCCAGUAUGUUCGGCUUUGAAAACCAGGUAAAACAUAGAGUCACUGUGAGAAAAGAAGACAAUAAUGUAGCUAUAUGGGAAGAAGGAUUGAAACAAGCUCGACAAGCAUGCGAAGCUUGGAGAAGUGAAGCUCAACAUUAUAAAACAAAAGCUGAACAUAUUGAAAUGGAACGAAACAGAGCAUGUUUUGAGAGAGAUCAACUCGCUCAGCAGCUUGAGAGUCUCAAGCUGCACUUGACAAGUUUUAGCAAUUUGGGAUUACCUGUCUCACAACUAUCAUCCGGUCAAAAUCCGAACAAUGUGUUGAAUACACAGAAUGAUUUUGGAGAAGGAGUGAUCAGAGCAUCAAACAUUCAUAUGUCCAAUCCUCAGCAAUCAUUCUCCAUGUUUUCGAAUGAUGAGGAAAAGUAUUUCUGUCACCGAUGUGGAAGAAAGAAGGAUUCCAAUUCAACUUGUACAUUUUGUGUAUAG